AUGUACAUGGCCUUUAAGACUCUGCAAGCUCCACCCAGUUUAGCAAGGCCAGACAGUUCCAGUUUCAGUCCCUCCAACUCUAAGUCUUAUUGUUAUCAGCCAAAACCUCACUCAAGACCGCAAGCAAGAAUUGCCACGAAGAAUCGCCUUCAGAGUUCACCAGUCCUGAAAUGCAGAGCCAAUCCACGUGACCGCGUCGACGAGGUUGUCCAGUCCCAUCAUGAUCAUCAGAGUACUGAGAUCCCCAUACUCCUGCACCCAUCGGUUGUUUUCCCCAGCCAGACGCUGCAGCUGCAGACGGUUGAGUUCAGAUACCGCAUCAUGAUGCAGACACUACUACUCCAGGAAGGCCACAGCUUUGGUAUCAUCUACUCCAGCAGGAAAGAUAAUAGGAUGGCUGAUGUUGGAUGCAUGGUCCGUAUCGUUCAGUGUGAUAAGCUCGUCAAUGACCGGUUCUUCCUGACGUGCGUCGGCGGUGAUCGGUUCCGUGUCCUGGAGGUCGUCAGAACAAAGCCCUAUGUCAUCGCAAGAGUCCAGGUACUAAAAGACAGAGACUCGCCUGAUUCAAGUAACCUGGGGUGCCUGAUGCAGCAGGUGGAAGGGCACUUGAAGGACGUGACAAUGCUUUCAGACAAGCUCAGCUGGAAACUAAUGGGAGACCAGGCUAGGCAGGUCAGCAGGAUGCAUUCUCCGGAGUCUUUCUCCUUGGUUGUCGCUCGGUUGUUUGUCGAAGAUCGUUCAGAGCAGCAAUGGUUGCUCGGGUUAGAUGAUACAGCACAGCGGUUGGUGAGAGAAGAAAGGUAUCUUCAACACAGGAGCAAGUACCUGGCAGCUGUAGCGGCGAUUAGGGACGCAUUUGGGCAACUGUCCUGCAAUAAGAAGCAGUAG